CAUACCCUCUGGGGCCUUCCCAAGUACCCCCUGGUUGACACCCGCUGUUCUAAGGUGUUUGAGUCUCUUCAGCUCCAUCUGCAGGCUGACUGUGAAAAUUGUCAUGGAAGAGAAGGAGCUGCCUUAUGUGUUGACAGACACUAUAGGAGGGCCACAUGGAGUAUAUUUGGAGCACAUGGAGUUGAAGAAAUAUUUUAACCUUGUUGCCAUGAAGGAAUUUCUUGAAAACCAAAAAUGUCUUGGUGAAAAAAUCAAAGCUAUUUAUAUAUGGUGGCAAAAGCCAGCUGUUAACCAGGAGCUGCUCCAGAGCCUUCCUAACUUAAAGAUCAUAGCAAACUUUGGAGCAGGAGUGGAUCACUUGGACUUGAAACUGAUCUGUAGCUUUGGAGUGAAAGUGACCAACACUCCGUUUGCUGUGUCUAAUGCCACUGCAGACCUGGGCAUGGCUUUAAUGCUAGCAUCUUCCAGGAGAUUGGUAGAAGGAUGUCAGAUUGCAGUUUCCCCAGACACUGAGCAGUUUGCUGCUGACUGGCUGAGAGAGGAUGUCACUGGGGCUACCCUUGGGAUCAUUGGAAUGGGCAGGAUUGGCUAUAAAGUGGCCAAGCGGGCCAAAGCCUUUGAAAUGAAAAUUCUGUAUCACAACAGGAACCAGAGAAAGGAGGAAGAGGAGCAGGCUGUUGGUGCUUGUUUCUGUGACAAAAUGGAAGACUUGCUCCAGCAGUCAGAUUUUGUGAUGCUUGUUGUGAACCUGACACCUCAGAUGCACAAACUGAUUGGGAAAAGAGAACUAGAGCUGAUGAAACCCACUGCUACUUUCAUUAACAUCUGCAGAGGGCCAGUGACUGAUCAAGAUGCACUGGUGGAAGCACUUCAGAAUAAAGUUAUCAAGGCUGCUGCACUGGAUGUGACUUACCCUGAACCUCUGCCAAGAGAUCAUCCUUUGUUAAAAUUGAAGAACAUUAUAAUUACUCCUCACAUUGGAACUGCUACUAAACAGGCACGGUGGCUCAUGAUGAAGAGUGUGGUUGAAAAUAUAUUUUCUGCUCUUAAUGGUCUUCCUAUCCCUAAUGAAGUAUUUCCUUAAUAUGACUUCUAUUUGGCAAUAGCUAAUGUUUAUAUUAAUAAAAGGAAAUACUAAUUUGAAUCUUACAUAUAUAAUUAGAUUAUGCGUGUUAAACAAUAACAUGUAGAAGUAAAAUAUUUGGUUUUAAGUUUAUUUUGAUUUAACUAUAAAAAAUUCUUCAUGAAAAUCAUGGAGUACUUCAUCCUAAGCUUAACAUGAAUGAGUAACUUGGCUGCA